AUGGUAGAUUACGACAUUGACCUUCAGUACCACCCUGGCAAGGUCAAUGUAGUACCAGAUGCUUUGAGCCGUUUACCAGCAAUCAUGACCCUCACAGCUCAGUGGAGACUUCAGCAGGAAGUGAGGGAUAUGAGUAUAGAAGUUCUACUUCCAGGAGUCACCGCUUCCUUGAUGAAUCUUCAAAUUCAAUCGACAUUGGUCCAGCGAAUCAAGGCUGCACAAUCAGGUGACUCAUUUCUUCAGAAGUGCAGAGAGUUAGCAUCGACUGGUCUUCGGUCGGAAUUUAUUGUUCAUGAGGACGGAUCCUUACGAUUUGAGAGUCGUAUCUGCAUAUCAGAAGUAGAUAUUCGAGAAGAAUUAUUACGGGAAGCUCACAGCUCACCGUACUUUAUUCACUAUGGAGGUGAAGGCAGAGCAUCAGCACAUCGCAGGUCUAUUGCAGCCGUUGCCUAUUCCGGAGUGGACAUGGCUAGCAUUGGAAUGGCUCCUUUCGCGACAUUAUAUGGGAGGAAGUGUCGCUCUCCUUUGAGUUGGGACGAUAUUGGUGAACGAGAGAUUUUUGGGCCGGAGUUGAUUAACAAGUCAGUUGAUGCUGUCAGAAUCAUUCGGGAAAUACUUCGCAUAACGCAGGACCGAUUCAAGCAUUGGGCGGAUGCGAAGUGUCAACACUUGGAGUUUCAGCCAGGAGACCAUGUGUUCCUAAAGAUUUCUCCCAACCGAGGUAACAUUCGCUUUGGAAGGCGUGGGAAGUUGAGUCCAUGA